AGCAAUCGCGUCACCGUCUUCUCCAUCGCCGGUGCUCCCUUACUCUCGAUGGCAUCCUCGGCCGCCGCUCGCCGCCUUCUCCUCCUCCGCCACCGCCAUGGGAACCUUCUCCCCAAACGCCACUUCUCUUCCUCAUCCGCUCCCGACGGCCUCGACGACGGCGGUGGCCGCGUCAAGAUCUUCGACCGCGACCUGAAGCGCCGGCACCGGGACCGCGCGGCGUGGGUGAUGCGUGAGACCGAUGGGCUCGUGGAUGCGGUCGCUGAGAAUCUCCUAGACCGCCUCGAGGACUGCAGGAAAGCCUUCCCCUCCGCACUCUGCCUUGGGGGCUCCGCCGGCGCCGUCCGCCGCUUGCUCCGUGGCCGCGGUGGGAUUGAGAGGCUGAUCAUGAUGGACAUGUCAGCCGAUAUGGUGAAGAAGUGGCGAGAGUCAGAGAAUGCCACUGGUGAUGGGCCUGAGACCCACUUUGUUAUCGGCGAUGAGGAGUUUCUUCCAAUCAAAGAGAGCUCACAGGAUUUGAUAAUGAGCUGUCUUGGACUUCAUUGGACAAAUGAUCUACCUGGAGCAAUGAUACAGUGUAGGCUGGCGUUGCAACCUGAUGGCCUUUUUCUGGCAGCAAUUCUUGGUGGAGAAACACUGAAGGAGCUUAGAAUUGCAUGCACAGUUGCUCAAAUGGAACGCGAAGGGGGCAUCAGUCCUCGAAUGUCCCCUUUAGCGCAAGUCCGUGACGCAGGAAACCUUUUGACAAGGGCAGGCUUUACCCUUCCAGGAGUUGAUGUUGAUCAGUAUACCGUUAGAUACAAUAAUGCUUUGGAACUUGUUGAACAUCUUAGAGCAAUGGGGGAAACAAAUGCUCUCUUUCAAAGAAAUCCUGUGUUGAAAAGGGAUACGGCCUUGGCAACUGCAGCAAUUUACCAGUCAAUGUUUGGGUUAGAAGACGGAUCUAUUCCAGCAACCUUUCAAGUAAUUUACAUGACUGGCUGGAGGGAGCAUCCAUCACAGCAAAAGGCUAAGAGAAGGGGUUCUGCGACCAUAUCAUUCGGUGAUAUACAGAAACAAUUUGGUCCCAGUGAGAACUGAGCCUCACUGCUUCAGAAAUGUGUUCCCAAACCCCACUCAGGCUUUGUUUGGGUAAAGAGGAACUGAAGUGGAUUGAGGUGUAUUGAAAGGACUGAAAGGGAAAUUAGUUCAUGUUACACUUCAAUACACCCCAUACCACCUCAAUUCACUCCAAUAAGAGAUUACCCAAACAGGCCUCAUGUGAGAGCCUCCGGAGCUGGGUCUAACCAUUUUAGUAUUCCCAAACCCUUGAUCGAAAAUUAAAAAAAAAAACAACAUUUGAGGAAAGAAAAGAAAUCCUCUGGUGGUUCCACCCAACGGCUUUGUAUUCCUGAAGGUUGAUGUUUGUGGUGGGCUUCUGUUGCCUGUUGUAUGAACAUACUGAGUUUGAUGGAAUCCAGCAAUUGU